AUGCCACCUAAAAGUAGGAAAAGUGAAGAACCAACUUUGCUUAUAAACGGUGAAUCUAUCCUAGGGGAGAGGUGGUGUCCUAUAUACGAAAAAGGAGCAAACUUUGAGCCGAGCCAUUUCGAGCAUGCCAUGCUCAAUAUCAUCAAACAACCCAAUAUCAAUUCAACAGUUAUACUCCGUGCAGAUAUUUUAAAGGAGAGGGUGUUUAAUCCAAACGAAGGCGAAACUACUUUUAUCAGUAAGUUGAUAAACUCUAUUCCUGAAGUCGAGUCAAGGGGGGAUAGCGAUGUUGUUUUACUACAUCGUGACUUGCAAGAUGUGAAUAUUAGAACGAUAAACAUGGAUGGUUGCCAGCUCGACUUGAAGAACAGAUUUGAAAUAGUACGAAGAAUUAUACCCCGGAACCCGUUCAAAGAUUAUAUCAUCAACCAGACUUGUUUGGUGAUGAAGACGGACAAUGAACAGAGCAUACUAGUUGUUUAUGUGCCACAUAUUGAUACUGCAGAGGAAAUACCAUAUUACCUACCCCCAGUCUACGCUGUGGGGAUAUUAUUUCACAAUAAUAAGGUAUCGCUUCACUAUCUACCUUUUGUGUUGAACAAUUGGCGCGAGGAAAGGAGGAAGUUGCAGAAAAUGGACUUGACAGAAAGACCAAUCAGGAUUGCAUUGAGACUACUACAGACGUCCACAAAGCACUCGAAUGGUGUAAAUUUAGGGUACGAAAAGAGGGUCAGUCAUGACUUGGUGGUUUCAAAAGUGGAUUUUCAAAACAGGUAUAUAACGCUAAAGUCAAAGUAUUCUUCAGACUUGGUUAACUCAUGGUGCGAAUCAACAGAUCCAAAGAAACACGUUUUUGAAGAUCUUGCAAUAGCUGCAUUUUUGAUAGAGUAUUGGAAAUUGAAAAAGUUCAAUAAGGAAGAGUUUGAAUUUCGAGAUAUGGGGUGCGGUAAUGGGCUUCUUGUAUAUAUAUUGAUGAUGGAAGGGUACAAGGGAGAAGGGAUUGAUGCACGAGCAAGGAAGUCAUGGAAAACGUAUCCACCGGAAGUGCAGCAAAAAUUGCAUGAAAAGAUUAUUGUUCCCAGCAUCUUGUUGAAACCGCAUCCAUCAUUGGCCAAAAUUGCACCUCAUAUAAAAGACAAUGGGAGACAGUUUGCUGAACCAAAGAAUAAUCAAGUUAACUAUCACACAGCCGAAAGCUUGCUCAAUUCGCCAAAUGUGUGCACCACCGAAGCCUUUCCCAAAAACACGUUUUUGAUAGGAAACCACUCCGACGAGUUGACUUGUUGGAUCCCACUAUUAGAGUUUCCGUUUAUGGUGAUCCCUUGCUGCUCGCAUGCUUUGAAUGGUAGCAAGAUGAGAUUCCCGCCAAGGAAAGCGAAAACUGCUUUACCAAAUCAAGCUCUGGCAUCCACAUAUGGAUCGUUAGUGGACCACGUGGAAGACAUUGCUCUAUUGAAUGGAUGGCAGGUUGAAAAGGAGAUGCUACGUAUACCAAGCACGAGAAAUGCUGCGGUGAUGAGUUGCGAAAAAGUGAAACCGUUCCAAGGAGAACCUGCAGAAAUCACACAGUUACGAGUGUUGGAUAUCAUAGCCAUGGAAGGGGGUGCAGAAGGGUGGGUUGAAAACUCGUUGUCUUUGAUGAAGAAAGCUCCUAGAAGUCAUUGA